AUGUUUUUGUGGUUCAAAUGUUUCUGUACACUUAUUAUCGUAACCAUCGCGAAAAACUCGAGUGCAGAAAUUCCGAACUGCAAAUACGAUGAAACCAUCAAUAUAUCGAAUUUUAAACGGAUCAACGAUGCCUAUAUCUAUGAACAUUUUGAAAUUCCAGCCAACCUGACCGGCGAGUUCGACUAUAAGGAGCUAAUGGAUGGUUCCAAAGUUCCUGCUGAAAGCAAUUUAAGAGCCUGUAUCUGCAAAGUUAGGACCUGCAUUCGAAUCUGCUGCGCCCGCAAAAAUAUUUUAAGCAAUGGAGAGUGUGGUGAUGGAGUUAAGAAGGAAAUUAAACUAACCAUGUUGGACCUAACGAUGCAGGAUAUAUUGCUGACUGAUCCACCUUUGGCCGAACUAAAUAUGAUACCGCAGCAUAAUUCCACAGAACUCCUGGUUGUAAGGGAACAGUUUCAGCCAUGCGACGAGAUUGUCAGCCUAAAAAGUGAUGAGUACACGAUGCUAAAGGACGGAUCCAUACUCCUCCACACCUCCGCCGAGAUCUUGUCCAAUGAUCAAUACUGCCUUUAUCCCGAAAUCUACGCGGACUUUCCGAAAACCAUAAGGAUUAUAAAUCGAAGGUGCUACCGAAAUGUGAUGCCAGGAACACCCCAGCUUUCUGUGAUAUCAGUAGUAGGCUUCAUCCUUACUCUGGCCGUGUAUCUUUCUGUUAAGAAGCUUCGGAAUUUACUUGGAAAGUGCCUUAUGUGCUCACUUUUUAGCAUGUUCAUGGAGUAUUUUAUUUGGACAAUGGAUCACAUUAGUUUAUUACAGAACAUUUGUUCCGCUGCAGGAUACACGAAAUACUUCUUUUCGAUGUCAUCGUACCUAUGGUUUUCUGUCGUAAGCUUCCAUUUGUGGGAACUUUUUACUUCCCUGAACCGUCACGAACCAAAGUAUCGAUUCCUGAUAUACAACACCUUCGUCUGGUGCACGGCUGCUAUUCCCACAGCAGUGAUUUUUUCAAUGAACCAAAUGUGGGAAAAUGAUCCAGAGAAAUUGGGAUGGUUGCCUUUGGUCGGUUACUUUGGGUGCUCGGUUAAAGACUGGAAAUCAUCUUCAUGGUUUUACAGUCAUAUACCGAUAGUAAUCCUAAACAGCUUUAAUGUGAUCAUGUUCAUCCUAACAGCCAUUUACAUUUGGAAAGUAAAGAAGGAAGUCAAGAGUUUCGCCCAACAUGACGACAGAACUACGACCUGUCUUGAAUUCGAUGUUCAGACUUACAUACAGUUUGUGCGACUUUUUCUGAUUAUGGGCGCAAGUUGGCUACUUGACCAACUUACGCGAUUGGCUGAGGAUUCUCACCUUUUGCUGGACACUAUAGUUCUGAAUUUAACAGUCUACUUAAAUGCCACCUUUGGAAUACUCAUAUUUGUUUUGCUUAUACUAAAGGGCAGCACACUUAAAAUGAUAAUGGAAAGGUAA